AUGGCCGCUCUGGCUAAACAUGAUCUCUCUGCGCGGAAGAGGCUGCGCACGCCUGGAUUCAAUGGCUUUUCCAACUCUCCGCAGAUUUCCAACGACGGUAAAACUCUGAUUUAUCUUCAAAAGAGGGUCUCGUGGUUGGAAGAUGACACAAGCCUUCUUGUCGUUUGUGAGAGUCUAACCAAUGAGCCUACAUUCUCGACCCAUGAGCUUCACCGCAAGGAUGAUUCUUGUGGAACUCUGCUUUCUCCUUUGAGAAUAUGGUUUGCGGCCGAUGAGACCUCCAUUUUUCUCACGUCUGAAGACCGAGCAGAGCUUCGGUUGUUUCGUGUUUCACUGCUAGCAGAGGAUCAUCUCAUAGCAGAGCCUUUGACUAAUGGAUGGUCAGUUCACGAUUUACAUGUUUUUUCGAGCUCUGUUUCGUCCAUAGUCGUCUCUGGUAGUGCCAUCAAUAUAUCCAGGCGUUGGAUGAUCCUUGACACGGUAUCCUUAGCUCUAUCUCCAGUCAAAGAGGCCACAGAAGAGGAGAGCGAUUUAGGGAUUAUGAAUACCACGUUUGAGUCCAUCGAAUGGCAUGGUGCUGACGACGAACCUGUUCAAGCUUGGAUGGUAAAGCCACGAGACUUCGACCCUAACAAGCAAUACCCUUUGCUUUAUUGUGUACAUGGCGGGCCGAAUGCCGCUUUCAACAACAUGUGGUCAUCCGGAUACUGGCGCAAUUGGAACUUUAUUUUGCUGGCAGAACAAGGUUAUAUCGUCGUGGCUCCAAAUGCAUCGGGUUCAUCGGGCUUCGGGGCGGAAUACGCCAAAAGGGUGGUUAACGACUGGGGUGGGAAGUCUUAUGUUGAUCAUGUUCAGGGCUUUGCAUAUAUCCAAGCUGAGCUUCCGUAUAUUGGUACGGACAGGGCUAUCGCGCUCGGGACCAGCUUUGGUGGUUUCAUGGUGAAUUGGAUACAGGGUCAAUCCCUGGGACAUCGGUUUAGGGCCCUGGUCUCUGAAUGUGGAUUCGUCAACAUGUACGCGCAAUAUACAGCUGACUUGAUCUGGUUCGAGGACCAUUUGGGUGGUCCGAUGUAUCAGUCUCGGAAGGGCUACGAUAAAUUCAAUCCCAUCAACCACAUUGAGUAUUGGUCAACCCCUGCUCUUUUCAUCUCAAACGCACUGGAUAAUCGAGUUCCCAUGGUUGAAGGCCUUGCUGCGUUUCAAAUUUUGCAAGCCAAGGGUAUUGAGAGUCGAUUUUUGACCUUCCCCGACGAAGGUCAUAUAACCGUGAAGCCGGAUAAUCGACUGCAUUGGUGGCAUGUAGUGCUAGACUGGUGUCAUCAGCAUACCAUGCCUCACGCAAAGGGAAGCAACCCUCUCUGA